UUUUGUUUAAAUUGUGCGUUGUGAACAGUGUAGUUAUAUCAGUUGCAGGAAAUUCAUUGCAAAAUUGUAUUAUACUACAAUAAAUAUCCGAAAAAUCAGUAACUAAUAAUGGCCACUAGUUGUACGCAAAGACCUGCUCUACAGACUAAUUCCAGUGAGCAGAACCGCUUCAUGGAGAAAUUAGUGGCGAAAAUAUUUAGCUUCUACGACGAACAUUCUCUAAUCGAUGUGACAUUUAAAGUUUCAAACCCAACGGCUCUUAUACCUGCGCAUCGUUUGAUACUCGCAGCAGCGAGUCCUUACUUCGAGAACCUUUUCCACGGCGAUCAAGGGAAUAAUCCUGUCUUAGAGAUAAAUGAUAUCGAUAGUGAAACUUUUGAGCGGUUAAUAUCCUUUUGUUACACGGGUCAGACGCUGAUUACCGUUAACAAUGUCGGUGUCAUGCUGAAGGCGGCAAACGUUUUGCAAUUAGACGAAGUCAUAACCAAUUGUGUGGACUACAUUAUGGCACAUAUAGAUGAAUAUACAUUGUGGGGCGCUCAUACACUGGAGCGCGAAACGCAAUGCCAACUUCUUCAACAGAAAAUCAUCGAAUACGCACAAAGGAAUUUCAUGGAGAUCAGACGACGCGAUGAGUUUCUGAAUUUCGAUGUUGAAAAAAUGCAGCGCAUUCUGGAAUCUGACAAUUUGAAUAUAACACGUGAGGAAGUUGCCUUCGAUGCCAUAAAACGCUGGUUCAAUUACGACGUUCCUGCGCGUCAAGAACAACUGCCACUUUUAAUAGCUUGUCUCCGGCUUACCCAAUUUGAUGCGGACUUUCUGUUGGCCCACAUACAAUCGUUACCUGGUUGUGAGAUGUUGGCCCUCAAGGCGAUAACGUGGAUCAGUAAGCCGGAAGCACGAACAAAGAUAAAUUUGCGGUUUACAGAACCACGUAGGGUCGAGGCGGUUUCGUUGAUCAGAGAGCCUGAAGCACAGCCAAAGAUAAAUAUGCAAAUUAAAGGACCAAGUGAGGUCGAGGCAUUUUCGUUGAUCAGAGAGCCUGAAGCACAGCCAAAGAUAAAUAUGCGGUUUACAGAACCACGUGAAGUCUGUGCUGCAAAUUGUGGUGAGAAAACAUUAUUGGCGGUUUGCUCAUGGAAGAAUCCCAAGCUGCUGAAAUAUAACAAAGCCGCGGAUAAGUGGCAAGAAUAUGCGAGUAGGGCAACCGGUUACCGAGGGUAUAGAACCAUUUUAAAGGAUAAUAAUAUAUUAUUUAUUGGCGGUAAGAAAGGUUAUAACGCACUCAACAUCGUUAAGAGCUGGAAUAUACGGAAUAAGACAUGGCAAAGUUUGCCCUCCAUGAACCAAGCAAGAUGGCAUCCCUGUGUUGUCGAAGUAGAUGAUAAUAUAUACGCGAUUGGUGGGUUUGAUGGCAAAUACGCUCUGUCGUCGGUGGAAAGAUAUACGACUUCCGAUGGUUGGAAGUUCAUGAGAAACUUGAUUGUUGGACGACAGGACGCCAGUGCAGUGGGGUUGAAUGGUAAAAUUUACAUAAUUGGCGGUAGAAGUGAUCGUCAGGCCUUAAAAUCCGUCGAAUGCUACAACCCGGGUUCGAAUACUUGGACUUCUUGUGCAGAUAUUACAGAAUAUCACCAUUUACCUGCUGUAGCUGCACAUAAAGGUCACAUCUAUGUUGUAGGCGAUUGUCAUUGUAGCAGAGUUGUUGAACGUUACGAUCCUCAACGAAACACAUGGUCUAUGAUUUGCUCUCUGAAUACUGGCGGUGGUUUUAUGGCUUCCGUAUCGCUAGACAAUAAGCUAUGGGCCAUUGGUGGCACCACUGCUGGCAAGACACUUGUGUCAGUCUAUGACGAGGAAAAUGACCGUUGGGGACAAAAGUUCUCCAUUCCCGAAACCGAUAUUUUUUCCUGUUUUGUUGUGCCUGUAGCCCUGCUGACGUCGAAAUGAAUAACCAAUAUUAAUAAAUAAAUAUUUGUUAUUGUAAUAAAUUCUGUGCUAAUAAAUACCAAAAUAUCUGA